AGGUAACGGCACUCCAUGCAGUCAUGCCGGCCACAUGACCUUGGAAGUGUCUACGGAAAACGCUGGUUCUUCGGCUUAGAAAUGGAGAUGUGCACCAACCCCCAGAGUCAGACAUGACUGGACUUAACCUUACCUUUACCUUACCUUUACCUAUUAGUUCCAUCUAGAAUAGACAAAACACAGAAUGUGGGAGGAUACCAUAUUCAGAAAAACUCUUUAGAUUUUUAGAAAGGCGACUUUAGUAAAUUUAGGGAAAACUGAGUUUGAUGCCAUGAUCAGGAAUACUAAAAGAGAAAGGAGUUUGAGCUGAAUGAGAGUUUCAAAUGGUUCCAAUGAGGGGGGAAAUAGGUAGUAUCCAAAGAAUCCAGAAUGGAUAUUUAAGGAAUUUUCAGUUGAGCUAAGAUUUUAGCGGGGUGUCUAUAGGAAAUGGAAGAAGAGAGAAAUCACCAAGGAGGAAUUCGAAUGAAUAGUUAGCAUGUGUAGGGAGAAAACUGCUAUAUUUAACAGAGGUGUAUUGUAAAAGCCCUUCUGCCCUUAUUAAACCGGCAGUUGUCAUUCUGCUCCAACGUAAACACCCCAAAUGGCAGGUAUGCCUUCUUCCUCAGGCUCCCAUUUUGUUACUGAAUGCCACUUGCAUGGAAAAAGGUGAAGAACGUAUUAGGACUGCCUAUGUUUCACUGGUUUGGAUAAAGGAGGGAUGUAAUAGGAUAGGGGUGCUUCUCUGGAGCCAGGUUGCUUUUCUUUUUCAUCUCUUUUUUUAGUACAAAAUAAAUCUUGAACUGUGAAUUAUUCUCCUCAAAGCUCUUGAAACAUGAGGAAAGUUUGAAAAACUAUUUUCAAAUACUUCUGAACUCUCCAAAAUAGCUGCUUGGAAAGUGGUGCCUAGGAAAGGAGAUCCCUGUUUAGAGGAUCUAAAUGAUAUGAAAUAAUGUUACCAUUCUCUUCCUCCAGGUUCAUCCGAUAACUCUUGACACAAUGCAGGUCCUGCAGAUCUGUGCGGCGCUUCUUUCUUUUAUCAGUCUCCUGUUGCACCUCAUUUCUCUGGGCUCGAACAACUGGUUGGAAGACAAAAAUUCCUACUCUGGCCUGUGGUAUGGCUGCAGCCCUCCUGUGUGUUUUAGAAUUAUAUCGGGAUCAAGUAAGUUUUCUCCCAGCUUUGGAACUGGAGGAGUAGUGGUGUUUGUAGGUUCAUUUGAGGCUACUCGGGCUUUCAUGUUGCUUGGUAUGAUCGCCGGUGCUGUCUCUUUCUUUGGACUUUGUUUCACCUUUUAUAAGUCCCGACUUGGCUCCGUCUCCCUGGCCAUGGUCUCAGCAUAUGCCAGCAUUGCAGCAGGUAUUUGUGCUAUGAUUGCCAUGUCUGUCUUCACAGCUGGCACAGCUGUUGAUGGUACAGUUGUCUGGUAUGGAUGGUCAUUUGGCUUGGGCUGGGCCUCCUUUCCUUUCUUCCUUAUAACCGGUGGUCUUGCAUUUGCAUUUCAAAGUAUGACAACAGAAUGAACAUGCAGAAAAAUCUGUGCUUCCUUUCAAGAUCAUGACUUUUGGAGUUAAACAAGUACAAUCGAGAACAGACCCAGCAUGUAAGGUGAACUUGGAGCAAGCCAUCUAUAUAUAUAAAAGAGUGGUGGCAUCAUCUAUAUAUAUAAAAGAGUGAUGGCAUCACGGCGACCCACAAAACAACAAAAUUACAGGCCCCCCAACCUCAAAAUUUGACAACACAACCCAACAUCCACGCCUCUAGGUUGAUACAACAAAAAGAAAAGAAAAAUAAAGUCCUAAUUUGA